GCCUCUAAUGUGUGCACAGCCCGCUCAGAGGUCGGACCAGAGCCGGGACCGAUCACCGGUCAGUAGGCGACUGAAGUGUUCAGUGUGCGGACACCCGCACCGAUGACCGGGAACAGAAGCGGGAGACGUGAGAGGAGACUUUACGCUCGGAUGUGAGAGAUGGAAUGCAUAGAAAGGACUCAGACACUGUGAAAGUUUACAUUUUCGGACAUGGAGACACAAACGAAGAGACAAUUAAUCACAGUAAAGUCAGCCAACAGUCUCGCCUGAGGUCUGAGGUGCAGCGGAGGAUGACACCUGCACCCCACCGGGCGAGGACCGACGCGUUGUUCCACACUUGCACAUCUUUGAAGAGGAGUGGGUCAGAGCUUCUGCAAGAGUGACUUUAAUUCUGCUCCCUGCUCGCUGCCAUCUCCAGUUAUCGUCUGUGGCUGCAGGAACAUUUCUUUUGCGCUCCUUUGUAUCUUUGCACCAUCGCUGACUGCGGCAAGAAACAUCUAAUACCCGGACAUCUCUGCACACAGGUCAUUCAGACGUUGACAUGUCUGCACUCAUCUCUUCAUGCCGUCUCCCUGUAGAGAGUUCACAUCUGCUGGAUUGUAGGAAAUAAAAGCGAGCUUUGCUUCCAACGCGUCCCCUCUCUACACCACAGCAGUAAGGCAGUAUAAUCUGCGGAGCACUGACUCACCAUGGGCACUGUACUAUCGCUGUCUCCGGGCUCUCGGAAAUCAGGCUACUAUGACAACCGGCCGGGCUCGCUCAGCCACUACCCGAGCAUCAGCAGCCGCUCUCUCAACAGCCAGAAAGACCGCGGGCUGAAGAGGGGGCAGUCCAUCUUCCUCCCAACACUCACAUGGAAGCGACUGGUGGCCUCGACGAAGAAGAAGGGAAACUCCAAGAAAGGCUCCGGUGGUCAAGUGGCCCUUGGGGACCCUCUCAACAACAACAACAACAUCAAUAUCUAUCAGAAGGACCCCGUGUUGCACCUUAACCGUGAGAAUGUGAAGAAGUCGCUGUCAUGUGCCAACCUGUCCAGCUACGAGGGCCCAGCAGGACUGGGUCUGGGGCUCGGGCUUGGUUAUGGCCUGGGGAUGGGUCAGGGUCAUGGGUGUGGCUACAGCAAGUCCCAACAGCUCUCCUCUGUAAAGAAAGUCCCCCAAGGGACAGUGAGUUCGUCCCCAAAGCGUGUCAUAGUCCAGGCAUCCACCAGCGAGCUCUUGCGCUGCCUGGGGGAGUUCCUGUGCUGUCGCUGCUACCGCCUAAAGCAUCUGUCUCCGGCCGACCCUGUGCUGUGGCUGCGGGCUGUGGACCGCUCGCUGCUGCUGCAGGGCUGGCAGGACCAGGCUUUUGUUACGCCGGCCAACGUGGUGUUCGUCUACAUGCUGUGCCGAGAUGUGGUGGACGGCGACCUGGUGGCAUCGGAGCACGAGCUGCAGGCCAUCCUGCUCACCUGCCUCUACCUGUCCUACUCCUACAUGGGCAACGAGAUCUCAUACCCGCUCAAGCCCUUCCUGGUUGAGGCGGGUAAGGAGGCCUUCUGGGACCGUUGCCUCGCCAUCAUCGAUGCCACUAGCGCCAAGAUGCUGCGCAUCAAUGCAGACCCGCACUUUUUCACACAAGUAUUUGCUGAACUGAAGAGUGAAGGUGGCUGUGGGCCUCAGGACUAUAGUCGGGUGCUGGAUCGGUGAGAGGAAGUUUGCUGACUGCAUGCCUUUUUGUACACUCAUUCACACGUAUACUUGCACACACAUUUGUCUCAUACAGAUUCCCCUUGUUCUUCUUCUGCUGCCCUGCAGGAGCAACAAAAGCCUAUCUCGUUAGAGUUAUGUAGUUAAUCAUUCCAUCUGUGUUUGUCACCAUCGUCCCGUCCAUCCACAGAUAGAAAUAAGGAAUUCAAACAUUUCCUCCCUCAAAGAUAAUUGGCUGACAGAAGCUCACAGUUGUGUUUUGUUUUGUCCACCUGAGUUUACUUGAAUUGAGGAACCAUUUGGUCCACCUGUCCCAUCUGACCCCGUGUGUCUGGUCCCAGUCGUCCCAGCUGCCCCUCUGGAUCUGCACAGCACGGCCUCCCAGCAUCCUCAGCCGCCUCUCUGAAUGUGAUCAAUCAGUGUGCACGGGACACGAACAUCAUCACUCCACACAAAUACCGUCAAGGAUUUUUCACUGGUUAUAUUCCAAAGUGGAUUCACAUAAGAAUAAAACAGACAGUGUAAUCCGCCGAGGCCAAGUUACAUUUUCCAGGACAACACAAGGAGACAUGUUGACAUCCGCUGCUGGCUAAGCCUCAUGUGCCAGCAGUGAAAAGUGACUCAGACUGAUGGGAACAGCUGAGAGGUCCAUGUUAGGUCCUGCUGGUCCUGCUGUGCGCUGUGUAAUCAGUAAAGCAAAGCGAACAGGCAGUGGACCCUUUUGAGGGUCGUCUGGCCUGAGGGGACAGUUGCUGGGUUUUUUUUUUUUUUUUCAUCCUUACUUGCUCAAGCCUGCCUCAUGUUUCUAUUUUGUCUCAGGAGAGUUUCCUGGUGGAAGCAGAAUUUAAGACUGACGUGUCUUGUGCGAGUGUAUGCAUGUGCAUGUGUGUGUAGGCAUUGUGCAGUGGACGGCAGCCAGGGUCAUCAGCUGUUUACUCCAUCCUUUUGUUCCCUGCGUCUUGUUGACAGGGCACCCACAGGCCGUGGUAUUAAUGAGAUUAGCAGAUUACUGCAGCCCCUCCCCUCUCUCAACCUCUGCCCCCUUCUUGUCCACUCGGCAGCCCUGCAGAGCUUCAGUGGCUAAUCCAGGUCAGCCUGGACCGUGCUGGACUGUAAACACACACACACAUGUACACAAACACACAUUUCCUUGUUGUGUGCGCUCUGAUCUCCUCAGCGCAUGAAUAAAAACGCUGUGUGACACACGUGUGCAGCUCAGGGUCCAGAGCAGAGGCAGGGAAGCGCUAUGCUGUUGUGGUUGAAGGGUUUUGUUGUUGUGGCUUCUGAAUUUGUCCCACUUUCUCAUCAGUCACCUGCGCAUCCUCAUCUGCCAUCAAGAGGCCUGUUUGCUCUCUUAUCUCUCCAUCAACUCCGGCCUCCUGCGAUAUUAUUCCCUCGAAUGAACCAUUGGCGUUUGUGCUUCAGUGCCUUUAAUGUCGUUUUCCCAUGUGUUUUAAUGUGUGUUGUCAAAGGGGGUCACAGAUGAGCCCAAGAUUCAUCGGUAUUGUUAAAAAGCAGAUCAGAUUUAAUAUAUCACAGCUGGAUUUUUUGUGCUGGCAUUGUACAUUUCUUCAUACGUACCACUUCAACAUUUCUAAAGUGACAUAGUAUAUGAGUUGGAUUCAUCAUUAGUAGGUGGAGGGGAUGGUGGACAGCGUGUCACCUAGGCGAGACGCCUGCCAAGCUGCAGAUCACUGUUUUUUAGACCAACAAACAACAAAACCAGUUGUGGUUUAGCGAGUCAUUGCUGUGUUUCAGCAGCGUUUUAGGCACCAAAUGUGGGUGUUUUGUAGCAGCAUUUUUAGGCAUGAAAGACAGUUUUUUUUUACAGAGACAUCUCUGUGUUUCAUGACAGAAUAGUAGCGCAAAAAGUGGUUGUCUUUUUACCUAGACAUCGCUGCCUUACCUGCUGGGAUUGUGGCGCAAAAAGCAAUUGUUUUUUAUCCAGAUGUUUCCUGCUGUAAUUUUGCCCCCCAACUGGUUAUUUUAAGCCAAAAACGUGAUCUUUUUCCUAACCAAAACCAAGUGGUUUUUGUGCCUAAACCUUAUUACAUGUUAAACCCUGGCGAUGGUGAAACUUAUCUGCUGCAUAAUAACGUGCUAAUGAAGCAUAUCUGUGGUUUUAAGAAAUGUACAAUGCCAACAUUUUUUCUGGCCAUUGGGUUUGUUAUAGGACAGUAGAUGUUGACCUUUUUGGCUUGUGACUCCUUCAACCCAUCGUUUUUGGUUGCGUAUGUUACCAGUUGUUAGUAAUUUAACCAAAUACUGGUUUCAUCCCGUGAAAAAGUAAAAAUCGACCAGUGAUUUAAAAGGAAAAAAAGCAAAGAUCAGAGGAAUAAUUUGCUUAUUUUCAGUUGCCCCCUCUUUAAAGCAUCUGGAGACCCUUCUAAUUUUACUUGUGACCCUUUUUCGGGUCUAGACCCUCAGUUUGGGAACUACUGGUUUACAAUAGGAAGCUGUUGGUUCAAGAUGUGUUGCCAACAAUAGCAUAUUGCAAAGCUUUAAUCUUAUUGUGUCUGAGCAUCUGGAGGUUUUCCACUCCCCUCCUCCAUGUGGCAGUCGCUCUUGCACACUUUGUAACGACGCUACAGUAUAUACUCCCCCACAAGGUCAUAUGAUAAACCAACAUCCUCUAUAAGAUCCGACCUUUACACACAUGUGCAAACAAAACACACUCUGCUACACAUCCCCUCCUUUGGGUAAUCCAGUCCUAAUCCUCCCACCCAAUCAAAUAGAGAGAGGGAGCAAGGGAUGAAAACACGAGGAAACAAGUAAACGGUUCAGAAUCCGAUGAGAUUUGGUGUCACACUUCCCCGUGCAGCCUUCAAAUCCUGCUCUAACAAACUGGAGGCCUCAAUAGACCCAAAGCUGAACCCUGCUGCCUACUGCAGCUCACCCGGGCUUAUUGGAGUCAAGCCUCCCUCCCUGCCUGCCUGAGGGAUCUGGCGUGAGCUCGCACCAGUCAACCAGAGAGGAGUGACGGCAGUGAUUCACGCUCAGAGAGCAGAGACACCACCACUGUCUCUUUUUCUGGAGCUUUGACUAGCAGCCAUUUUGGGCUCGUUGUUGCGGUCAGUGCAGCUCGCUCUCUCUCUCUCUGGCCCCGGCUUUGACAAGGACACUUGUGUCUUGACUCAACCCCUCCCUCCCUCUUUCCACCCCUCCAACCCCAUUUCCACACACACUCAGCUGUUGUUCCCGGCCUGUUUCAUUAGAUUUGACACCCCACACCCGCCAGCCAUUGUCAGGACGAGGAAGGGCAGAAUGAGGCUGUUUGUUGGCAUCGGGUUGGUUGUGCUUGUGUGUGAAUGUGGGUCAAAGUUAAGGGCAACAUCUGCUUCCACUGCGGACCUGGACGUUAAUUAAAUCAGAAGAUACAGUACAGCAUGUUCAAGUGCUGCUGAUAUUAACUUUUGCCCGACAGCAGUGACCAGUAAGGAUUAAUGUGUUGCAGGUUUCCUUUGAUCAGAAACAACUCACUCUUAAUGCUCAUUAACGACACAGACACAGAGGAACCAUGUUCAUUUAAGCCUCAAUCAAGCUUUAAUGCAGUUUGUCAAAUGUGACAUAAUUUGGUCCUAACCAAGACGGCAACUGUCCCCUCAGUUCAGUACCUCUUUCAGUCCAAUCACGAAGCUGUUCCUCCAAUCGUUUCACAUAGCGGAGCAGCUUCCAAGCCAAUUAACUCGCAUCUCAACUGGAGCUCUAAUUCCGUUCAUCCAAUCAAACCCCUCGGCUUGAUUCCAGGGCUCUGACAUACCUGACUGAUGGUAGACAGACACAUGAUGCCUGUGACAUCUCUGUGGAUAAUAUAGAACUCAUGUUACUGAUUGACUCCGGAUAUUUAAACAAGAUUACAUUUAGUGCAAACUGGACAUUUCUCUGUGGAUAGGACCUUCAUUUUGGACUCUACAGAUGGGCCUCAGACUGGCUCUGUUUUAGGGACUGAUGAGUUUGUGUGAACAAUGUGAUAUAAGAUGUAACGGAUAAGUCUAGUGUUAGGCUAUACUUUUCUUACUGUCAACAAAUACCAUGCAUUAGACUGUAUUUUAGGACUUCUCAACCCUGUCUCUGUUCGGCCACAAGGCCAUUUGUCUUACUAAAGACAUAAAUCUUUUAACACAAGAAUGUAUAGUUUUAUUUUUUAAAAAGCAAAGUACUAAAAAGUGAAAAGUGCUUUUCUUAGGGACUAUUUUCAGUUGCGGAUGAAUAAACAUCCAGUGCCCUGGGUAUUUACAGCAGGAAUACAGUGUAUGUAGGGUUGACUGAAAAAACUACAGUGCCCAGGUUCAUCGUAGGGAAGGAACAUGUCACCCAGUGUAACAUUGUGGCUCACUGAUGUGUUUUAUAGACCCAAUCAACUAUAACAUCUAAUUUCCGGGUAGAAAAUCCCUGCUUCUUGUACAUGUUUCCAUUGAUUAGUUUUUAGCUACCUAAAAAAAAUCAAUAUAAAUCUAAAGAUACACCAUAUUUAGAAGAUUUUCACUUACCUCGCCAUCAGACAGCCCUUCCUGACGGGUAUCUGAGGCUGUUAUCUCAAACCAGACACCAGACUCUGCUGACAAAAACAGCAAUUUUACUUUGCAAAACACUGGAGUUGCUGGACUACAGCUGUCUUGAUCAGUUAGUGUCAUUUACAGCUGAAAAUAGCAACACGUUUGACAUAUCUCCACAAUUGAAGUCAGUUGCCAGUUUUCUACCUGGAAGUGAUAGUUGUGGAUAGCGUGAUGUCACGGUGAUUCGAUGUAUAGUUUUUGUACAAAAAUGAAGCCCCGUGGCGCAGAGGAAUACGAUUUAUCAGACCUAGAUCUCGCUGAUAAAAUUUGUCAGUCGUGUUCUUUUCAUGGGAUCUGUUGACAAUAAGAAAAAUGUGGCCCCUAACAAGACUUUUCCUUUAAGUCACCACAGCUCUAUGAGUUGUGUAGAGUUAUUUCAGUAUGCUGCUGCUGCUGCUGGAGGUUGGUGUGAGAUUGAUCUCAAUGGCACACCAUCGACCGAUGAUGUAAAUAUGUGGGUGUGUAACAGAAAGAGCCGUUAAGAAUGAAAAAAUGAACAAAAAGAAAUAGUCUCUCUGUGUAGUAGCAUGCAUGCCGGCCAGGUAGUUUAGAUCAUGUUCUUUUUUUUACCUCUGCUUUUGUUUGAUUUUUAUAAUGUGAUGUUUUAAAUGAAAGAUUGUUUCUUUGGUAAUUUAAAACUUGAUCUCAUUGGAGUGUUCCUUUACUGGAAACAUGAUGUCAACAGUAUUAAUACGACCGCAGGUGUACCUGUCGUCUUUAUGGUGGUCUGUUCAUGUUUAGAAACAAUAGAGACAGAAAUAUAAAUAAAUGAUCGACUCAUUUUCUCAAGCUCGGUCCUGAAAUAGCAAAGCAUGUGACUUCAACAGAAUUACAGCUUAACAUCUUUUAUUUUAAACUCACACCAGACUUCAUUUGUUAAUUUGUGAAUUUAGAUGUGGUCAUGAUGUGUCAUCUUCCACAUCAAUAAUAUCGCUGCCCCCCCCACUCAGAUUCACACUACAGUUAAGAAUGAUCAAGUGGCUAUCAAUAGCUUUUCUCACCAGUGCACCAGCUGGUGACACAAAAGCAGCCAUUGUUUAUGUAGCGUUUGUCACAGGCAGCUCCAGCUCGGUCUGCGUCCUCACUGGUUGUAGCUUCACCUCUGACGCAAAAAAAAGCUUUCAAAUUUCAUGUCAUAUUCAUCACAACACACUGGACAGGCGUAAAUACAGACAUGAAUAUAUAACUAUGUAGUGUCCAUCUCCUCCGCCCAUAGUGACCCUCCUCAGCCAUCAUUGUAACCGUCACACCAAAAUGAAGCGGAACAUCACCUCCAGUGGCUUUUGUUGAGCCACUAGAAGUGUGUGUGAAGCUAAAAGUGAAAUACUGUUGAUGAGAAAAACUUGAAGAAAAACAAAUGUGACUGUUUCAUUUUUUUGUUUGUUUCCGUUUUUCAUGAUGAUGUUGAUUAUUUAAUAAAGUAUUGAGUUGAAA